CGUGACCACAACAUUAUCACAUGUCGGCGAGAAAGUAGAAUCACUGCCUAACGAUGUUCAGGAGGUUUUUUACUGGGAGCCGAAUUAUCUGCAGAGGUCUCUUCCUCUCCAAAACAAACGGAUCUGGUGAUUUAAACCGUGCUGCCAGUAUGGAGGGAGAGGCCAUCUCCACCCUGUGUACCCCUGCUCUGGUGGUGGAUGUGGACAAAGUGAAGAGAAAUGCCCAGAAGAUGAUCGAACGCUGUCAGAAUUUGGGGGUCCAGCUCCGGCCACACAUGAAGACACACAAAACCCUUGAGUGCGCUGACAUAAUGACGGGUGGAUCACGGAGGUGCAUCGUGGUUUCCACGCUGGCAGAGGCCUGUUUCUAUGCCGACCACGGGUUUGAUGACAUCCUCUAUGCGUACUCUCUUCCCUUUGAUAAGGUGGAGCGCUGUGCAGCCCUGUCAGAGCGGCUGGAUCUCUUCCAAGUUUUACUGGAUCAUCCUGACGCUCUGGAUCAGCUCAAAAAGAGACCACUGAGAGACGGUCGGCUGUGGCAUGUCUGGCUCAAACUGGACUGUGGCAACGGGAGAGCUGGUUUCCUGCACUCAGACCCUGAGGCGCUCAGGUUGGCUCAGGCCAUCGCCAAGACAGAGGGCAUGGAGCUGACAGGAGUGUACGCUCACUGUGGGAACAGCUAUAACUGCAGAGGAGUGGAGCGGAUACAGGCUGUCGCCCAGGAGACCACCGACCUAACUCUGCAGUUCAUGGAAAAAUUGAAGGCUGUCGGUAUCACCUGUAAAUCCAGCAUUGGCUCCACCCCUUCCUGUAGUCACCCAGUCAAAGACAUGGGGCGGCUCAGCGAGGUGCAUCCUGGAAACUACGGCUUCUAUGAUGUGCAGCAGUCUGUGAUUGGUUCAUGCACUCUGGACGAUGUGGCUGUGAAGGUUUUGACGAGAGUCAUCGGACACUGUCCUCACAGGAACCAGCUCCUGAUUGACUGUGGAUGGACUGGCAUCAGUCUAGACGGAGCUGGAAAACUUCCCACUGGAUAUGCUGUGAUUGAAGGACACCCAAACCUAAAGUUGUUGUCUAUGACCCAGGAGCACGGCAGAGUAGAGCCCAUGUCGGGACAGCUGGACUACAGUAAAUACCCCCUGGGCUCUCUGCUCACUCUGAUCCCCUACCAUUCGUGUGCAAGUGCAGUGAUGCAUCCCGUGUACUAUGUGCACUCUGAGGGCCGUCUGGUGGGGAAGUGGACACCAACACGUGGCUGGUGAACAGCUCAAUCAUACAUCACCUUGUUAGGAUAGCUACAUGAACCCUGGAAGAACAACUUCCUGGAGCUACUCCUGCCACCUGUAGUUCAUUCCAAAGUAUAAAUGUAGAGCUAUUCCAUAAUCACGGAUUAUCUACUUUUUGUACACUUACUCCCCAGUUUGUUUGUUUUUUAUCUGAAGCAACAUGGGGGAAAUAAGGGAAAAAACACAUCUGUCUGCUUUUAAAUGAUUAAAUAAAUAAAUCUUUCUUUCUUUCUUA